AUGAGUUUCACCAACCCCAUAAUUCCGGGGUUCAAUCCCGAUCCCUCUAUUGUUCGAGUUGAUCAAGACUAUUUUUUGGUGACAUCAACCUUUGAAUACUUUCCUGGGGCCCCAAUUUAUCAUAGCCGGGAUCUGAUAAAAUGGAAACUGAUUGGACACGCGUUAACAAGACCGAGCCAACUUCAAAUUCACACCCCGGAACCUGGAGGUGGUGUAUGGGCUACAACAAUUCGCUAUCACAGCGGCGUAUUCUACAUCGUCACGGCUAGCUUCCACCGUUAUCGCCCCCAGCACGACGAUCGGGUCUGGCCCCAAGGAUUUUAUGUCAAAACAAACAAUAUAUGGGAUGAUAGUACCUGGUCGGAUCCUGUUUAUUUUGACCAGGUUGGAUUCGAUCAAGACCUUUUUUGGGACGACGAUGAAACUGUGUACCUUUCAUCCACCUAUCGCAAGCUUAAGCCCACACCUGGGGCUAAACUGAAGGAUUUCGCCAUUCACAUAUGCACCGUUGAUCUUGAAACCGGGCACUCGACGUCCGAGCCAAAAUUGAUUCGCGAGUCUUCUUCCGGGGUUGCAGAAGGCUCUCAUAUUUUUAGAAGGGGCCAAUACUGGUAUCUUUUCACCGCUGAGGGUGGCACCGAGAGCGGACAUUGUGAAUGGGUUAGUCGCAGCGAAAGUGGACCCUUGGGCCCUUGGGUGUUGGGGCCCAAUAAUCCCCUUUGGCGCAAUGGGUUGGAAGACGAAGUACAAAACACAGGACAUGCAGAUCUAGUCGAAGACAGAGAUGGAAAUUGGUGGGCGGUACUCCUUGGUGUUCGACCUGUGAGAAAAGAGGGUGGAUGGGAAGAUUCUGUGCUCGGCCGAGAAUCAUUCCUAGUUCCGGUCUCAUGGGAGAACGACUGGCCAGUGAUAAAUGGAGGAAACAAGAUUACCCUUCAAUCAACCGGUCCGGGUCUUUACCAGCAUAUCGUACCCGUACAGUGGAGAGAUGACUUCUCUAGCCCGAGCAUGCAACUGGGAUGGUACAGGAAGAACACUCCGUUCACAUCCGAUUUCUCACUGACCGAGCGACCUAAUCAUCUGCGGCUUUACGGUGGGCCAUAUGAUCUUGCUGUUCCGGCUUGUCCAACACUAUUCUUACGCAAGCAGACCCAUCUCGUCUGCACGUGGGAGACAAAGUUAUCAUUCAACCCAACCUCAGAGCAUACAGAAGCAGGCACUGUCCUAUGGUGGAAUUAUUUCACGUACACCUGUCUGGGAAUUCGCGCACAAGGGGGGAAGCGAAUUAUCCGAUUUCAGCCAUCAGAGGACAACAUUGUGGAAGAGGAGAUAGACUUGACCUCGGAUGUGAUAUUAACUAUCCAGUGUGGUAGUGAGUAUCGUUUUGGAUAUCGUCAGCAGAAUCUUGCAGAUAUCAGGUGGGUCGGGACUAUCUCCAACAAAGCAGCGACAAAAGCACCUCCCAUUGGAGCCUGUUUCACCGGGAUGAUGUUUGGGCUAUAUGCAUUUGGUGAACGCCAUCGAGUCUUGAGCCCUGCGGAUUUUGAAUAUGCGCAAGUCUCAUAG